CCCUCCCCCACUUUCUCUUGAGUCCCAUCACGGCCGCUCGCCACCACCAUCAUCCUCCUCAUCAUCAUCAUCCUCAUCAUCAUCCUCCUCAUCAUCAUCCUCCUCAUCCUCCUCAUCAUCAAUUAACUCGAUCGUCACGGGCGAUUGCAGGAACGCGGGGGGUGGGUGGGGGGGGCACGCGGCGAUGUCUGUGGCGGGGCUGAGGAAGCAGUUCCACAAAGCGAGUCAGUUUGUGAGCGAGAAGAUGGGAGGGGCGGAGGGCACGAAGCUGGACGAGGAGUUCACCGAGAUGGAGAAGCAAGUGGACCUGCGCAACAAGGCGGUGGUGGAGCUCAUCGCCAGGACGCAGGAGUACCUGCAGCCCAACCCAGCAUCUCGAGCCAAGCUGGGGAUGCUCAACACGAUGUCCAAGAUCCGCGGGCAGGUGAAGACGACCGGCUACCCCCAGCCCGAGGGUGUGCUGGGAGAUGCGAUGCUGCGCUUCGGGCACGAGAUGGGCAACGAGUCACACUUCGGCCAGGCCCUCGUGGACGUGGGCGAGUCCCUGAAGCAGCUGUCGGAGGCCAAGGAUGCGCUGGACAUCAGCGUCAAGCAGAACUUCAUUGACCCCCUGCAGAGCCUGCAGGACAAGGAACUCCGUGAGAUCGGGCACCACCUGAAGAAGCUGGAGGGCCGACGCCUCGACUUUGACUACAAGAAGAAGCGGCAGGGCAAGGUGGCCGACGACGAGAUCCGCCAGGCGGCCGAGAAGUUUGACGAGUCUCGCGACGUCACCGCCACAAGCAUGAGCAACCUCCUGGAGAGUGAGGUGGAGCAGGUGUCCCAGCUGGAGGCGCUGGUGGAGGCGCAGCUUGAGUACCACCGGCAGGUGGUGGACAUCCUGGACGACCUGCAGAGCACGCUGCAGGACAGGGUGGUGUCGGCGUCAGCGCGCCCGCGCCAGCGUCGAGAGUUCAAGCUGCAGCCCGUGGUGACCUUCGACGGCCCCGACGAGACCGAGGAGCCCGUGGGGACCCCCAUCUACACGCCGACCGCGGUGACGGCGACGACGACGACGACGAGCGCGGCGUCGGAGGUGCCGCCGGCGGCGGCGGCGGAGGACGCGGCGCCGGCCUCGCCGUCCCCGUCGCCCGGGAACAAGACGGCCGCCCCCCUGGAGGGGCCGUGCUGCCGGGCGCUGUACGACUUUGACGCGGAGAACGAGGGCGAGCUGGCGUUCCGUGAGGGCGACGUGGUCUCCCUCGUGUCGCAGGUGGACGACAACUGGUUCGAGGGCGCCAUCGACGGGCGCCCGGGAUUCUUCCCGGUCAACUACGUCGAGGUGCUGGUGCCGCUGGCGCCCUGAGGGCCGCCGUGCGGGCACCGGCAGAGGUGG